CUUGAAGUGCAGACAGGUCGCGGCCUUCAAGUUACCCUGACUCGCAAGGUUUCGCAAUGCCCGGAGAACCAUCGCGGUCGACUCUUAUAGAUGUAACGAACCAACAACUACAUUCCUUCCUGUCUGGCAGACUCGAGGGCUCGUCCCCAGACCAACUGUGCGACAUCAUAUCUGCCCGUUCCUUGCAACUUCGAAAUGUCGCCAAACCUUAUGGAACGCCCACACCGGCGUCACGAAAAGCAGUCGAGGCUGGCUCAGUCACGCUCGCGGAUGGUGUUGUGUUGCAAGUCGACGAAGUCGAGAGGGAGUUCACACUUGCAAUUAGUACUCGGUUCGGGAUUGAUGAAAUUCAGGCUUUUGUUCUCCUUCGAUCAUUCCUAUAUAAUGAAGGUCUCUCAAAUAACGGAGGCUCAACCGAUAAAGGCGUUGUGGACGAGCUCAUCGCAGCAAUCACGCCAUUCUACUACUCCGAACGCCUAUUCGUAUUGCGCGCCCUCAUUCCACUGUUCCGUGCCCACGAAAACACUGGCGACUCAAUCCAUGCCGUUGCCACGAAGUGUCUUCCCAGAAUCCUACAAGACAGUCAUCAAUUCGCACUCGACCUCAUAACAGAAUACCUUCACAAAACUGAAAUGGACAUCCCAGAGGUUUUGCAUGCCGAUGCACGUAUUGCCUCUCGUUGGGCUAAGCAGAACAUGAAGGAGCAACUCGUGACGCUAGAGGUGCUCUUUUGGACAGUCUGGGGGUAUGUUCCUUGCGAUGGACCUUUGGUUGUUCGAAUAUUUGAAGCUGCUUACAACACGAACCUUGGCUCCUCGCAGAAAAACUCGACCCUUUUGUUAGAUGAUGAAGGCAAUCAACUGCAGCAUGAUUGCGCGGCGUUAUGGAUACUUGUCACUGUAGAGGUCCUUGAGUUGGAGAAAGUGGCAGAGGAUGGAGGAAUAGAGAUUUCGGCAACUCCUUCUGACAAAACGUUCUAUCCCUCUUCGCCAGAGUCACUCAGACGGAUUCAUGAAAUCGUGACAUCCAACUUGUCCAGCCAGCACGCGUGCACACACCUAGCAUGGGCCUUCGUUCUGUCGCGGUUGACCUCAAAAGCUGGUCAAUUGAAAGAGAUUCCAGAAUCGUAUCGCGGGUUUUUAGACUCCCUGCAUCCGCACCACAAUCGCUCUAAGGAAAGGGAGCCAUCGCAUGUACUUAUGGCACGGGCAGCUUUCAGUCCUGAAGCCGGCCUUUUCAAGCUCUUGUUGACUCUCCUUACAACCUCCCCACUGUUUGUUACCUCCGUUGCUUGGAAGACAGGGUCGACUGUAACCGACCCAAAUGCUAUUGCAUUCCGCUCUGUACUCAAAGGCUUUGGUCAUUGCAAUGGUUGAAUUGGUCCC